AUGCCGCUGGGCUACCACGAGACGGAUAUCAUCCACAACUCUUUCAACCGGGAGGCCAGUUUGAAGGGGCCUCCGCUAAACGCGUCGGUGUCAAUCACAAUGCAAGCUGCAGCAGUCUCCCAAGAGAUCUUCCGUUGCCGUUGCGCGAGUGCAAGCAAUUUUGACGUAAGCCUGGAAGGUAUCUCAAGCCUGUGUACCUCCAAGGGCGGAGAGAUUGAGAGCGCAGGCUUGUGCGUCAAGGUGCCCUCCAGAUUUACAAACGACGAGUGCACAAAGGUCGAAGCCGGGGCCAAGGGCGACUGUAUCGUCGACACCACCUCCGGCGGGUCCACCAGCUCCGUGUCGUCGCCCGCCGCUACGGCACAAGCUACUGCGAAGCCUAGAGCCGUCGAUCCUCAAGCUUGGGUGGCCUAG